AAGUGAGCAGGUACCGAGGGGCCGCACAGUCGCUGGUCUGGGAGGGAAAGAUGCCACAGUGUGCCACAGCAGCGCUGCCACGGGACGGCCCGCGGGGACAGGUGAGCGGCGCGGCGGCGGCCGGAGCGCUCCCCAAGCGGGUGAAGGUGGUGGAGGUGGGGCCGCGGGACGGGCUCCAGAACGAGAAGAAUGUUGUACCGACACCGGUGAAAAUCAAUUUAAUCAAUAUGCUGUCAGAGACGGGGCUGCAGGUUAUAGAGGCCACCAGCUUUGUUUCCCCUAAGUGGGUUCCUCAGAUGGCUGACCACACUGAAGUCAUGCAAGGGAUUAAUAAAUUACCUGGUGUCAGUUAUCCUGUGCUGACCCCCAAUCUGAAAGGAUUUCAGGCGGCGGUGGCAGCGGGGGCCAAAGAAGUGUCGAUCUUUGGAGCAGCGUCCGAGCUCUUCACCAAGAAGAACAUCAACUGCUCCAUAGAGGAGAGUCUGGAGCGGUUCGGUGAAGUGAUGACGGCAGCGAGAGCCGCCAGCAUUCCUGUGCGGGGAUACGUUUCCUGUGUCCUUGGAUGUCCCUAUGAGGGGAAGAUUUCUGCAGCUAAAGUUGCAGAGGUCUCGAAGAAGAUGUACUCGAUGGGCUGCUACGAGAUUUCCCUCGGGGACACCAUCGGCAUUGGGACCCCGGGGAGCAUGAGGGAGAUGCUGACAGCGGUGAUGAAAGAGGUGCCGGUCGGGGCUCUUGCUGUUCACUGCCACGAUACCUACGGACAGGCUCUUGCCAACAUCUUGGUGGCGCUUCAGAUGGGUGUGAGCGUGGUGGACGCGUCCGUCGCUGGCCUUGGGGGCUGCCCCUACGCCCAAGGAGCUUCUGGAAACGUCGCUACGGAGGACUUGGUGUACAUGCUGAACGGCCUGGGCAUCCACACGGGUGUGGACCUGCAGAAGCUGAUGGACACGGGCACGUUCAUUUGCAACGCUCUCAACAGACGCACCAAUUCCAAAGUGUCGCAGGCGUCGUGCAGACUGUGAUACUGAACCGAGUUUCUCCUUGGACCAAGAAGAAAGGCAGGAUUCGGUGUUGGCCGUUCCGUUGUGACCCUCAGCGCUCCUUCCAGUGCUUGCGGGGAAAUGUGUAAUCCACUAGAAUCUGUGAAGAACCAGCUCAGAACCACGUCCUGGAACUUCUCCCUUAGCAUCUUGUUGUGAUAAACUACCAGCAGAGGAUAAACCACAGCUUUUCCAGUUAGAGCACUUCUCCAGGUCAGGCCUGACCCUUCCUCCCUCUCUCUCCUCGCUCUAGAUGUUAAGACUGAAAGCAAAAUGUUCCCCUUGGUGAUUAAAGCGUCAAGGGGCAGCCUUGGACCUUCUGUCUUAGCGUUGAGGGGUUGUAAUAAAAACUGUAUCUGUUGUAAGAUACUUCUAACUACUAGGAGUAAUAAGCACAUUAUUUAAUACUCUAAACUACUACAAGUUUGGGUUAACUAAACCAGUGGAAGAGCUUUUGCUGCUGGUUUCCUUCCAAGUGCCUCACCAUGGAACCGCUGCAUCCUCGUGUGCUGUGUCCCAUCCCCUGAGAGCAGACGGUGUGAAACACACUUAUUCCGUACGCACACGUACUCCUCACGGCACGCAGGUCCCAGGGGAGUCUCCCCCAGUCUUCUAUUUAAAAUAAUUUAUUUUAUAAGUUUAUUUGUGAGACUGGAGACAAGUGCAAAGACCCCGUCCUUCCCUGAGGUGAGUGUAGCCGUGUGCUGCACCUCUCUCAGUGGACCGGGUGUCUCCGCAUCACUUAAAUACGCUGUAACAAUUAAAUAAACAGUAACACUGAAA